AUGAUUUGGCAAGGAAGGCGGGCCUGAGCCGGGUUAGGGUGUCCUUGCAGGGUGUCUGAGCUAAACUUCACCAAAUAAUAGCUGUUUGUAUUUUGGCUGCUGCAGGAGCCAUUUUAGUGCAUCUGUACAAUUGCCAAUGCAGUUCCCUUGCCUCCUUGUUCCUCUCAACUGCGGGCUGGUUGGCUAUGAACUUGCGAGGAUGGUCUGGGUCAGAAAAAUAAAUAUCUUCCUUCAAUAGAUGAUAAUGAAAAUACAGAAGAAAGAGAAGCAGUUGUCACAUUUAAAAGUUCUGAAUCACUCCCCAAUGUCUGAUGCCUCUGUCAACUGUGACUGCAAAUCCCCCUCCCCAUUUGAGCACAGCACUGAUCAGGAAGAGAGAAUUGAAGAUGCUGCUAGUCACUGUCUGCCCCAGAAGGAACUGUACGCUGCUGAAGAGGAAGCUGAGACCCUUUUUCCAAGGAAAAUGACAUCUUAUAAUGGGAUGGAGGACAGUGGAGGAGGAGGCACUGGGGUGAAGAAGAAACGGAAGAAAAAGGAUCCAGGAGAGCAAGGGCGGGCAGCCAAGGGAAGCAAGGACAGGGAGCCCAAGCCAAAGAGGAAGCGAGAACCUAGAGAGCCAAAGGAACCCAGGAAGGCCAAGGAGCCCAGGAGGGCCAAGGAGCCCAAGGAGCCCAAGCAGAAGGACGGAGCGAAGAAAGUGCGGAAGCCCCGGGAGGCCUCGGGCACCAAGGAGGCCAAAGAGAAGAGGAGCAGUGCCGACUCCACAGCCAGGACGAAGUCCAAGAAGGCCAGCAAGGAGCAAGGACCAACCCCAGUGGAGAAAAAGAAGAAAGGAAAAAGGAAAAGUGAAACCACAGUGGAGAGUUUAGAGCUGGAUCAGGGCCUGUCGAACCCAUCCCUGCGGAGUCCUGAGGAAUCCACUGAGUCUACAGACAGCCAGAAACGACGCUCUGGACGGCAGGUGAAGCGCAGGAAAUACAAUGAGGACCUGGAUUUCAAGGUGGUGGAUGAUGAUGGGGAAACAAUCGCUGUUCUCGGAGCAGGCCGAACGUCCGCCCUCUCUGCUUCUACCCUGGCUUGGCAGGCAGAGGAGCCUCCAGAAGAUGACGCAAAUAUCAUUGAGAAGAUUCUGGCAUCCAAGACUGUCCAGGAGGUUCACCCAGGAGAACCCCCAUUCGACUUGGAGCUAUUCUACGUUAAGUAUAGAAAUUUCUCCUACUUACACUGUAAAUGGGCCACAAUGGAAGAGCUCGAAAAGGACCCUCGCAUCGCACAGAAGAUAAAGCGAUUCAGGAAUAAACAAGCCCAGAUGAAGCACAUUUUCACUGAGCCUGACGAAGACUUGUUCAAUCCAGACUACGUAGAGGUCGAUCGCAUCUUGGAGGUGGCCCACACCAAAGAUGCAGAAACAGGCGAGGAGGUGACGCACUAUCUGGUGAAGUGGUGCUCCCUGCCUUACGAGGAAAGCACGUGGGAGCUGGAGGAAGACGUGGACCCUGCCAAAGUUAAAGAGUUCGAAUCUCUCCAAGUCCUCCCUGAAAUGAAGCAUGUGGAGCGGCCUGCUUCAGACUCCUGGCAGAAACUAGAGAAGUCUCGCGAGUAUAAGAACAGUAAUCAGCUCCGGGAGUACCAGCUGGAGGGAAUGAACUGGCUUCUUUUUAACUGGUAUAACAGAAAAAACUGUAUUUUGGCUGAUGAGAUGGGCCUAGGGAAGACCAUCCAGUCCAUCACAUUCCUUUCAGAAAUAUUCCUUCGAGGGGUGCACGGCCCUUUUCUCAUCAUCGCCCCCCUCUCCACUAUCACUAACUGGGAGCGGGAGUUCCGGACGUGGACAGAGAUGAACGCCAUCGUGUACCACGGCAGCCAGAUCAGCAGGCAGAUGAUCCAGCAGUACGAAAUGGUGUACAGAGAUGCCCAGGGAAACCCCCUUUCAGGAGUCUUCAAGUUCCAUGUCGUCAUCACAACAUUUGAGAUGAUCCUGGCAGACUGCCCAGAGCUGAAGAAGAUUCACUGGAGCUGUGUGAUCAUUGAUGAAGCCCACAGACUGAAGAAUAGGAACUGCAAACUUCUGGAAGGUCUCAAGCUCAUGGCCCUGGAACACAAAGUGCUGCUCACUGGGACGCCCUUGCAGAACUCGGUGGAGGAGCUGUUCAGUUUGCUCAAUUUUCUGGAGCCUUCACAGUUUCCCUCAGAGACUGCUUUCUUGGAGGAGUUUGGGGAUCUGAAAACAGAGGAACAGGUGAAGAAACUGCAGUCUAUCUUAAAACCAAUGAUGCUUCGUCGGCUGAAAGAUGACGUGGAGAAGAACCUUGCCCCCAAACAAGAGACGAUUAUUGAAGUAGAGCUCACCAAUAUCCAGAAAAAGUACUACCGUGCCAUCCUGGAGAAGAACUUUUCCUUCCUGACCAAGGGGGCAAAUCAGCACAACAUGCCCAAUCUCAUCAACACCAUGAUGGAGCUGAGAAAGUGCUGCAACCAUCCCUACCUGAUCAACGGGGCAGAGGAGAAGAUUUUGGAAGAUUUCCGGAAAACCCACAGCUCUGAUGCCCCUGACUUCCAGCUGCAGGCCAUGAUUCAGGCAGCAGGGAAGCUGGUGCUGAUUGAUAAACUGCUCCCUAAGCUGAUUGCAGGUGGCCACAAAGUGCUCAUCUUCUCCCAGAUGGUGCGCUGCCUUGAUAUCCUGGAAGAUUAUCUCAUCCAGAGAAGAUACACCUAUGAGCGAAUUGAUGGGCGAGUACGGGGAAACCUGCGCCAGGCAGCCAUCGACCGGUUCUGUAAGCCAGACUCAGACCGCUUUGUCUUUCUUCUGUGCACCCGAGCGGGAGGCCUGGGGAUCAAUCUCACAGCUGCUGAUACCUGCAUCAUAUUUGAUUCAGACUGGAACCCACAAAAUGACUUGCAGGCUCAGGCCCGUUGUCACCGGAUAGGCCAGAGCAAGGCCGUGAAGGUGUAUCGCCUCAUUACCCGGAACUCCUAUGAGCGAGAAAUGUUUGACAAGGCCAGCCUGAAGCUGGGUCUGGACAAGGCUGUUCUUCAGGACAUCAACCGAAAGGGCGGCACCAACGGGGUACAACAGCUUUCAAAAAUGGAGGUAGAGGACUUGCUCCGGAAAGGUGCUUAUGGAGCCUUGAUGGAUGAGGAAGAUGAAGGCUCCAAGUUCUGUGAAGAAGACAUAGACCAGAUUCUGCAGAGGCGAACGCACACUAUCACCAUCCAGUCUGAAGGGAAGGGGUCCACUUUUGCCAAGGCUAGCUUUGUGGCUUCAGGAAAUAGAACAGAUAUUUCCUUAGAUGACCCAAAUUUUUGGCAGAAAUGGGCUAAAAUAGCUGAACUGGACACCGAAGCAAAGAAUGAGAAGGAAAGCUUAGUGAUCGACAGGCCUCGCGUGAGAAAGCAGACCAAACACUACAAUUCCUUUGAGGAGGAUGAACUCAUGGAAUUUUCAGAGUUAGACAGUGACUCUGACGAAAGACCCACAAGGUCCAGGCGCCUCAACGACAAAACCAGACGCUACCUCCGAGCUGAAUGCUUCCGGGUAGAGAAGAACCUGCUCAUCUUCGGCUGGGGCCGGUGGAAGGACAUCCUGACGCACGGGCGAUUCAAGUGGCAUCUGAAUGAAAAGGACAUGGAGAUGAUUUGCCGUGCCCUGCUGGUAUACUGUGUCAAGCAUUACAAGGGGGAUGAGAAGAUCAAGAGUUUCAUUUGGGAAUUGAUCACACCCACCAAAGAUGGGCAGGCCCAGACGCUCCAGAACCACUCAGGGUUGUCUGCUCCGGUCCCCAGAGGGAGGAAGGGGAAGAAGACGAAGAACCAGCUGCUGCUCCCAGAGUUAAAGAAUGCAGACUGGCUGGCCACCUGCAACCCUGAGGUUGUCUUGCAUGAUGAUGGCUACAAGAAACACCUCAAACAACACUGCAACAAGGUACUUUUGCGAGUCCGGAUGCUCUACUACCUAAAAGCAGAAAUACUGGGAGAAGCAGCUGAUAAAGCGUUUGAAGGGACUUCCGCCAGGGAGCUGGAGGUGCCUCUGCCUGACAUCGACUAUGUGGAGAUCCCGGUGGAUUGGUGGGAUGCUGAGGCCGAUAAGUCUCUUCUGAUUGGCGUGUUCAAACAUGGGUACGAGCGGUACAAUGCCAUGCGGGCCGACCCGGCACUUUGCUUCCUGGAGAAGGUCGGGAUGCCGGAUGAGAAGUCGCUCUCUGCAGAACAGGGUGUUGCGGAUGGGACCUCAGACAUUCCCGAGAGAGGCAAUGUGGAUAAAGAAGACAACACUGAAGAAAAAGUAGACAGCCUUCAGAAACAGACGGAGAGUUCCAGCGAUGGAGGUGACGGCGUUUUUGGUGAAAAGAAGGAAGACAGCCAGGCAGCCCAGGAUGGCUCCGACCCAGACAAAUCGCCCUGGCCAGUGUCAUCUGCACUCACAGCUCGGCUCAGGCGGCUGGUCACUAUUUAUCAGCGCUGCAACCGCAAGGAACUCUGCCGGCCUGAGAUUCUGGGCCCAGGUAACCAAGGAUACUGGGUCCAGGAAGAGAUGUUCAGGAGAACCUCAGAAAUGGACCUCAUCAACAAGGAAGCCCAAAAGAGGUGGACAAGGAGGGAGCAGGCAGACUUCUACAGGACGGUGUCUUCCUUUGGUGUUGUUUUUGAUCAAGAGAAGAAAGCCUUUGACUGGACACAGUUCCGCAUCAUCUCCCGUCUGGACAAGAAAUCCGACGAGAGCCUGGAGCACUAUUUCCACAGUUUCGUGGCCAUGUGCCGGCACGUCUGUCGUCUGCCCGCGUGGAGAGAUGGCGGUCCCCCAGACCCCGCCAUCUAUGUUGAGCCUAUCACUGAGGAACGGGCCGCCAAAACCCUGUACCGCAUUGAACUGCUGCGGAAGGUCCGAGAGCAGGUGCUGACGUGUCCUCAGCUUCACGAGCGCCUCCAGCUCUGCAGGCCCAGCCUCUACCUUCCAGUGUGGUGGGAGUGUGGGAAGCACGAUCGGGACCUGCUCAUCGGCACCGCCAAGCAUGGGCUGAACCGCACUGACUAUUACAUCAUGACCGACCCCCAGCUGUCCUUCCUGGAUGCCUACAGAAACUAUGCCCAGCAUAAAAGGCCUGACGCCCAGUCUCCAGAAAGUCUCUGUUGCCUUUACCAGACCAACUCCAAACUGUACGAGUCUCUUACAUACACACAAAUGAGCAGGACUUCAGAGUCCCUUGAAAAUGAACCCGAGAAUCUAGGAAAAAUAGAAGGCAGAGAGGAUUCCCUCGGUGCACCUAGGGGCAGCUUACCUGACAUGACUUGUGAGAACUUUGUUUCCAAAGUUCAGGAUGUCAUCUCUAUCAGCCAUGAUGAAAGUCUGCUGCCUGAGUCCUUGGAGAGCAUGAUGUACGGUAAGAAGGUGUUUAGCGGAGGGCCAGGCUCUCUGCAGGAGAGCCCAGGUGCCAACACAGAAUCCAGAACAGAUGCCAUUACUAUCUCAGCCAGCGAAGAUGCGAACUGCCAGCCUGGUGGCCAUGAGGCAGAAGGCGCUUCGGGCUCCUCCCUCAUGGAUAGUUUAGAAGCAGGAGUAGCUCAGAUGAACAUUAAAAAUGGAAAUCAUCUGUUGAUGUCUCUUACGAGAGAAGAGGACCUCUGCUGCAGGGAGGCAGCCCAGAGACCUGAGAGCAUCGGGCAGUUAGAAGCCAAGUGCUUGGCUUCCCCUUCCUUGGAUCAAGGAAAUGAAAGUGGGUUUGUCGAUAUGUGUAACCUCAGUGUCUAUGACUCCAAAAGAAACCUGUCGUCAGAGCAGCAAUUAAUUGAUUUAUUAGAAAACAAAAGUUUAGAAAGUAAUUUGAUUUUGAGUCAGAACCACAGUGAUGAGGAGGAAGAAGAGGAGGAAAACGAAGAGGAAAACUUGGACAUGGUAGCAGGCAUGAGGGGAAGGCCAGGGGUUUUGCCUCUGACCCAGCCCACUGCUCAUAUGCCAAGUGAAAGGAGCCGAGGCUUCUGUGUAGACGAAGCCAAGAAAGGCAGCCUGGAGGCUGUGAGCCAGAAUGCUAGACUGCAGGGGGCUUUUCCUCAAGCAGCCUGCCAGUGUCACUGCAAACACUUGGAGAGGUGGACCCGUGGCCUUGAGAAUGAUGAAUUUGAAAUGGAAAAGCCCAAGGGUUAUAACCCAGAUCUGUACAGAAGCAAAACUAAUAACAUCACAGUGGAGCGGGAGCUCACCGCUCUUCCAUCAGAGCCGUUUCAAGUGAAGCAUGAACUUUUAAAAGAACCUUGGAAAGAAAGUGCAGAAGGGAAGAAGGGUUUCCUUACACAUCCUCCUGAAGGAAGCGAGCUCAAGUCAGAAGACAUGGAUUUUGAGAGUAAAGAUGAUUACGAUAGAGAUGGAAACUGCCAUGGUCAAGAUUAUCCAGGGAAAUCCUCUGAAGAGGAGAGCAAGAGUUCCACGUCAGGCGUCACAGGAGACACUGGGGAUGACCUUCAGGAAGCUCGGGCUCCCACCAUCGCUCAGCUGCUCCAGGAGAAAACCCUCUAUUCCUUCUCUGAGUGGCCGAAGGAUCGGGUGAUAAUCAAUCGCCUAGAUAACAUCUGCCACGUGGUGUUAAAUGGGAAGUGGCCCUCCAGCCAGCAGUACGAGCCCUCGGGCACACUGCCCGCCCCCGUUGUAACCAGCAGCGCUGGCUCUCGGAGCAGCCUCUCAGAGCCUGAAGCCGCGGAGCACAGCUUCAGCAGUGGCGCGGCACUGGUGGCCCAGAUCCAUAAGGACAGCUUCCUGGCUCCAGUAUUCACAAAGGAUGAGCAGAAGCACAGACGUCCUUAUGAGUUUGAGCUGGAGAGGGAUGCAAAGGCUCGGAACCUGGACCAGUUCUCUGCCCCCCAUGGGCACCCCUCGAUUGUCCUCAACGGCUGGCAUGGGGAGUCAGCAAUAGACCUCUCCUGUGCAUCUGAGGGGUCUCCAGGAGCCACAUCCCCUUUUCCAGUGAGUGCCAGCACCCCUAAGAUUGGAGCUCUCAGUUCACUUCAAGGAGCCCUCGGCAUGGACUUGUCUGGAAUUCUACAAGCCGGCCUGAUCCAUCCAGUGACUGGGCAGAUCGUCAACGGAAGCCUCAGAAGAGACGACCCUGCCACGAGGAGGCGGAGAGGGAGGCGGAAACAUGUUGAGGGCGGGAUGGACCUCAUCUUUCUGAAGGAGCAGACGCUUCAGGCAGGAAUCUUGGAAGUCCAUGAAGAGCUGGGGCAGGCCCCUCUGAGCACCUCACACCCCGAAGGUCCAGCACCCACCACUUCGCCCCCUGAGCCAGCCCCACCAGCCGCCAGCCAGGCUGAGAAGGCCAUUCCCAGCAAGAGUCUGCUUGACUGGCUGAGGCAGCAGGCUGACUACUCCUUAGACAUCCCCAGCUUUGGAGCAAAUUUUUCAGACAAACCAAAGCAGAGGAGGCCACGCUGUAAGGAACCUGGAAAAUUAGAUGCCAAUUCUCUGAGCGGAGAAGAGAGGGUUCCUGCUGUCCCCAAGGAGCCAGGACUGCGGGGCUUUCUCCCAGAAAACAAGUUCAAUCACACCCUGGCUGAGCCUGUUCUUCGAGACGCAGGCCCCCGCAGGAGGGGGAGGCGACCUCGGAGCGAGCUCCUGAAAGCUCCCGCCAUGGUGGCGGACUCUCCCUCUGGAAUGGGGCCGCUGUUCAUGAAUGGACUGAUUGCUGGGAUGGACCUGGUGGGGCUCCAGAACAUGAGGAAUGUGCCGGGCAUCCCCCUCACAGGGCUGCUGGGGUUCCCGGCUGGCUUCGCGACAAUGCCCACGGGCGAAGAGGUCAAAAGCACCUUGAGCAUGCUGCCCAUGAUGCUGCCGGGAAUGGCUGCUGUGCCCCAGAUGUUUGGGGUUGGGGGACUCCUCAACCCCCCUAUGGCGACUGCCUGCACUUCGACUGCUCCAGCGCCUCUGUCCAGCACAACGAAAAGUGGUACGUCGGUGACCGAACAGACUGUAGAAGACAAGCCAAUUAGCCAUGAUGUGAAAACGGACACUUUAGCUGAAGACAGGCCUGGUCCUAGUCCAUACUCUGAUCAGUCCGAGCCCGCAAUAACUACGAGUAGUCCUGUGGCUUUUAACCCAUUUCUCAUCCCAGGAGUGUCUCCUGGACUCAUUUACCCAUCCAUGUUCCUCUCCCCUGGCAUGGGCAUGGCUCUGCCCACCAUGCAGCAGGGCAGACACUCAGAAAUGGCAGGGCUGGAGAGCCAGAAGAGGAAGAAGAAGAAAACAAAAGGGGACCACCCGAACCCCACCCCUGAGUCUGCUCCUGGGUCGGACAGGGGGCCAGGCAGCGAUCAGAACUUCCCCGAACCCAGGGCACCUGUGCCCCCAGACGGUGAACACACGGCGCCGUCUGGGGACGCGGGCCUCAAAGACUCCAACAGUGACACCAAUUAGAACUGCUCUUUCAUUUAAGAAAUGAUGUGACGUGUAAGUUUCUUAUCCCAUAAAGGUUUGUUACUUCCCUCCCUUCACCUUCAUAAGAACCUGUGUUUCCAUAAGUAAUAUUUACCUACCUGAUUUCCUGUCCGAGAACUACGGUAACAGAUGUUCGUAGUUGCAGGGUCUUGCCACUUCGUUAGCUGAGUGUCGUCGACCUAGUCUAGGAGGCACAGAAUCCGCACUCUGUGGUCCCGUCGUCCAUUCCAGCGGUCCUAGUGACGCAGUACCUGGUGACAUGCCCUACCCCUUCUCUCCGAGUUUCCCGCCGAUCUGAGGAGGAACGUGGCAUAAGGAAGCCGUCCAGGGGCUCCCGAUGAAGGGCUGAGGGGCGGAGGCAGCAGCUCUUUUCUUCUGUGAGCCGGACUGAAUGAGAGGGAUGUAAUGGGGAACCAAAAAGCACAGGAAAAGGAAGUGCCGGUGCACAUUUUUUAGUUAAAAUAUUUCCCUAUUUUAUGAUUACUAAAUGAGUAGUAUAGACAGAAGUAUAUAACUAAUGGCUGAAAAUGCAUAUAUUCAUUUCUUUAUGAAACAGAAACCUUACUGGUAGUAAAUUAACUUCCCCCUUUGGGUUUUUCAGACGCUUGCAGCGAGAAGAAAUACUGACUAAGGCAUUACUUUAUAGACGUACGUUCUCUCCCAAGGUAAAGGAUGAUUCUCAGUAUGAGGAAGCUUGGCACACCUGAGUGGUCGCCGGUGACUGGGGCGGGCGAGGGGCGCCCUCCGUGGAGCUGCACGCCGCUCACGAGCACGUGACUAGCACUCCACCCCCCGCUCUGCAGAGCGACCCCAGCCACUGCUGGGCCUGGCGGGUCUUUCCUCUGCGCGCUCACUCACCAGGAAUCAGGAGCCUGUGAGAAACAGUCACUUGGCACUUGCCUAGGUCCUUUUGUCAAAGUUAUUUGAGGUUGUCAAAACACGGGUGUACCACCUUUUACAUGACUGUGAAAAGUUUGUUUUCCUCCAUUUUUUCUCUAUUCGGUUUUAUAUAUACUGCAGUUGGACCCAGAUUCCAAAUCAUCAGGUUAGUCGAGACUGUUGCAAAUUGACUUCAUUUUCCUUUUUCCUGCCCGAGCAGCACGUAGGCCCAUUUCCUUUGGCCUUCCCACUCAUGUUCCACCCCCCACCCCCGACAUCCCACUCUUUGUCGGCAGUCCACACUCUGAGACUUGAAGGGAGCUCGUGGUCCAGUCCUCUGGGGGAGCCGGGCCGUGCCGUGCCGGACCGCCGGGGAUGUCGGAAGUGUUACUAGUACCCGGUUCACAUGUUUGUUGUCACAUUUACUGUAUUUUUUACUUUUUUCUGUUACCGUUUUUUGCUAAUUUAUCAGAAGGUCCAAAAGUUUGACAUAACUAUUUCAGUUUGCAUUAUUUAUUUAUGAUGGUUUUGUCAUUGUCUUUUAUACAUUUGGGAUUAUAAAUUAUGUAAAUGUUAAAAUGAGCAUCUCAAAGAAGUCUGUUAAAUCGUGACCGGAAAAUCAGUCAAGUGUGUUUUCAAAAAGUGGAGUCCCGGUUUUGUGAAUCAGAGCUAUAAAUCAGGAAAUCUAUAACUGAUCAUGUAAGAAGAAAGAAUCCAGUAAUUGAACAAAUCCUGUUUAAUGACAUCUUUAUAGCAUAGAUGGUCUGUAGUGCUGACAACAGAUUUCUUGGAAAUGCUGCUCUCUCUAUUUAACUAACAUUUUGUUCAGUUUUGCCUCCAGUGGAAGCAGAAAGGGUUUUUUCAGCUGUUAAAUCCUUAAAAAUCAAUAUAAUUUAUUUAUGUAAAAAAAUCACUCAAUCAAUAUAUUUUUGAACCUUUUAAGUACUAAUUUUCUUUUUAUCAAGUAGAAAAAAAUGUAUUUGCCCUAAAUCCUUAAAAUACAAAUGCUAUAAAAAUUCCUGUAUCUUGAAAGCCUUACUGCAAAUGAGUAUUGUAGACACCCAGCGGGGGCUGGGUGUUCUCUGUCGUCGUCCUCCUCCUCCUCCUCCUCCUCCUCCUUGUCGUUUGUGUGGAAAAGCUGCUUCCCCAGGUUCCACGUAGAACCUCCAGCAGGUCACAGGGUUCAAUAUGGAUUUGACUUAAAAAGCCACCAGCAUGCUCGGUCCCUUGUUACAGCUUAUCAAACCUGUAUGUUAACUCUGGGUGUUUAGGCUUAUAUUUGACUGCUGUUGUGUCCCUGUUUGCAAAAUGAAAAUGACACUUUGUGGAUUACUUUCUCUGUAAGGCAUAAGUGCUUCUUAUGAUUAUUUUGACGUUUUCAAGAACAAAAGCCAAAUUUAAACUCUCCUCAGCCAACUUGAGCCUUUUCAUCAAGUUCCAUGUCACACACAGCCAUAACUUCCUUGGUCGUUCUUCACCGUCUGUCUUACAUAAUAAAUUGUCUGUGGUCUUGA